UCAGGGAGAGGCGCCGCCGCCAGCGCCGCCGCGGGGACCCGUUAGAGCGGAAGCGCUGCCGCCGCCGCCGCCUUAGCUGUCUCGGGGCCCCUAGUUCCCGGCAGGUGGGAGGCGGGAACCAUGUCGAAGCGGCUCCGGAGCAGUGACUUGUGCGCUGACUGCAGCGGGCCGGAUCCAUCCUGGGCAUCAGUAAAUAGGGGAACUUUUAUAUGUGACGAGUGCUGCAGUGUCCAUCGGAGUCUAGGGCGCCAUAUCUCCCAAGUAAGGCAUCUCAGACACACGCCAUGGCCUCCAACAUUGCUUCAGAUGGUUGAAACCUUGUAUAAUAAUGGUGCUAAUUCUAUAUGGGAGCAUUCUUUGCUGGACCCUGCCUCUAUUAUGAGUGGAAGACGUAAAGCUAACCCACAGGAUAAAGUACAUCCCAAUAAAGCAGAAUUCAUCAGAGCCAAGUAUCAGAUGUUAGCAUUUGUCCAUCGCUUGCCCUGCCGGGAUGAUGAUAGUGUCACUGCCAAAGAUCUUAGUAAGCAACUCCAUUCAAGUGUGAGAACAGGGAAUCUUGAAACCUGUUUGAGACUGUUAUCCUUGGGUGCACAAGCCAAUUUCUUUCAUCCUGAAAAAGGAAAUACCCCACUCCAUGUUGCCUCCAAAGCAGGGCAGAUUUUACAGGCUGAAUUAUUGGCAGUAUAUGGAGCAGACCCAGGCACACAAGAUUCUAGUGGGAAAACUCCUGUUGAUUAUGCAAGGCAAGGAGGGCACCAUGAGCUGGCAGAACGCCUUGUAGAAAUACAGUAUGAGCUGACUGACAGACUAGCCUUCUAUCUCUGUGGCAGGAAACCAGAUCACAAAAAUGGACAACACUUUAUAAUACCUCAAAUGGCAGACAGCAGCCUGGAUUUGUCUGAAUUGGCAAAAGCUGCUAAGAAGAAACUUCAAUCUCUAAGUAAUCAUUUGUUUGAAGAACUUGCCAUGGAUGUGUACGAUGAAGUUGACAGGCGAGAGACUGAUGCAGUCUGGCUUGCCACGCAAAACCACAGCACCCUGGUAACCGAGACAACCGUCGUCCCCUUUCUUCCGGUCAAUCCUGAGUACUCAUCAACACGAAACCAGGGCAGACAGAAGUUAGCUCGGUUCAAUGCCCAUGAGUUUGCCACGCUGGUAAUAGAUAUUCUCAGUGAUGCCAAGAGGAGACAGCAAGGCAGUCCUCUCUCUAGUUCAAAAGACAAUGUGGAGCUUCUACUGAAAACAAUCAAUAACCAGCACAGUAUUGAGAAUCAGGACAAUGACCAGCCAGACUAUGACAGUGUGGCGUCAGAUGAAGACACAGAUUUGGAAACCAAUGCGAGCAAGGCCAACCGGCAGAAGAGUCUAGAUUCAGAUUUAUCAGAUGGACCAGUCACUGUACAGGAGUUUAUGGAGGUCAAAAACGCUCUAGUGGCUUCUGAGGCCAAGAUACAACAGCUAAUGAAGGUGAAUAACAACUUGAGUGACGAGCUGAGAAUUAUGCAGAAAAAGCUUCAAACACUCCAGAGUGAAAAUUCGAACCUCAGGAAACAGGCCACAACCAAUAUAUAUCAGGUGCAAACUGGUUCUGAGUACACAGACACUUCCAACCACUCUUCCUUAAAACGACGUCCGUCUGCCCGGGGCAGUAGGCCCAUGUCCAUGUACGAGACGGGAUCAGGUCAGAAACCAUAUCUCCCAAUGGGAGAAGCGAACCACCCCGAGGAGAGCAGGACGAGACUCCAGCCCUUCCCCGCGCACAUCGGGAGGAGUGCGCUUGUGACCUCCUCUUCAUCUCUGCCUUCCUUCCCCUCCACACUUUCCUGGUCAAGGGAUGAAAGCACCCGAAGGGCAUCCAGGCUGGAGAAGCAGAACAGCACACCUGAGAGUGACUAUGACAACACUGCCAAUGACACGGAGCCAGAUGACACGGGGUCAAGCCGAAAGGGAAGGCAAAGGAGUAUGGUGUGGCCAGGCGAUAGCCUAGUGCCAGACACAGGAGAACCCCACGUGGCCCCUAGCCCUGCCCUGCCCAGCACUGAAGACGUCAUCCGGAAGACAGAACAGAUCACCAAAAAUAUACAGGAGCUCUUGAGAGCAGCCCAAGAAAAUAAACAUGACAGUUAUAUUCCCUGCUCAGAGCGGAUACACGUAGCUGUUACAGAAAUGGCAGCAUUAUUCCCCAAAAAACCCAAGUCUGACACUGUGAGGACUUCCCUUCGUUUACUGACAUCCAGUGCCUACCGACUCCAGUCUGAGUGCAAGAAGACCCUCCCAGGGGACUCUGGCUCACCCACUGACGUCCGGCUGGCCACACAGCAGGUCAUUCAGUGUGCCUACGACAUCGCCAAGGCUGCCAAACAGCUAGUCACCAUCACCACCAAGGAGAACAGCAACUGAACAGCAGAGCACUGUCCCUCCUGUUCUCUAGGCUUUUUAAAGUCCAAUCUCCAAUUUAGACAUGGAACUCUUCAGAUUUUUACAAAAACAAACAUUUGAUGAUGGUUUAAAACUUUUUAAAAGAAAACUCAGUAUUAUUUUUGCAUGUUUUCUAACAAAUUUUCAACUAUUAAUUUAACCCACUUGCCUUAUUUUGUGCCUGUUUGCCAGUUUAGUUUCUGAUGUUCUGUUGUAUUGUCAACGACUAUUGAGUUAAUGAUCGUAUACAUCCCAAAGUAUGGUUGCAUUGUUUAAAGUUUGUUAAAACUUUUCUGUCCCUUAAACUCCCUGCCUAUGGCUAAAACUAUAAAUGAAUUUUUUUAGUAAAACAUUUUCUUGAGAGAGUUGGGUAAAAAAAUCAGAAUUAUCUGUUCCCUACCAAGCAUCGUGCAAUAAGUGAAUUUUCCAACCUACCACAAAAAUCUCUGAGUUUGGGGUAUCUCCAAGUAUGUGUGUAGAAAAAGGACUUUGCCACUUUCUAAAAACAGUGUAACAGUCUCUUUCAGAAGGAAACAAUGAAUUGAUCUGUUUCUUCUAACGCUUCUAUCAUGUUAAAUGUUCUGUUAUUUAA